AUAAAAUAUCUAUAAAAUGGAAAUCGAUAACUUGGAACGUAAAAACUUGGAAUGAAUUCACUGCAUUCUUCGCAUUUGCAACCAAAUGGAUAUUGGGUAGUAAACCUGUUUGUUCUCCUCUGCUAUUGUACAGGGGCCUUAACGGAAUAUUGUGACGAAUUUAUCAAUGAUAGGGGUUUGCCUGAAGACUGGCCAUGCGAUUGGAACAAUGGCGUUAUACCGUACGCCUUCAAUUUCUAUUCGCAGAGUCCAAAACGCUUAAUUGGACUAGUGAAAAAGGGUCAUGAGCAUUUGGAAAAGCUAUCGUGUCUGAAAUUCAAGGAAUACAAUCCAGUUACACUAGCGAACUCGCCCAAUGUAACGUACCUUUACUAUACCUACUCGGGCGUUCUGGAAAACUGCUGUCUCGACUUCUACACAAACUAUAUCGGUCGCAGGCUGGUGCUGCUAACUCCAAUGUGUACCAUGGGCCUUGAAGUAGCCCAUGUCACUCUGCACGGGAUGGGCCUCUGGCACCGAAGACUGAAGGCUUUCUCCGACGCCCAGGCUAAGGCCGUAUUAUUCCCUAUCGAUUGCAACAACAUCGUUGACAAAGUCCAUGGUUACGAGAAAGGGAGAAUACGAAUUUUAUAAAAUUAAUUGUAUUGUCUUCACAACUAAAGGUAGGUAUCAAUCUUCAGAAGAGAGUUAAAUUUAUGAUACCAAAGACCCAAAGAAGUAAAUAAACAGUUUAAUAAAUAAUCA